GUUAACGUGUGUACUCAUGUUGUUGUAUUAAUAAUCUGGUUCAAACAUCUUUCUAACAAUUUUCGUACAGGCCCUGAAUACUCCGGGUGGACAACAUACACAGUCUCAUGUGGGUUUACUUUCCUUCUUUGCCUUGCGUUCUUUUGUACAUUCUCUCUGUUGAGGUCUUGUUAUUCCCUUCUUCGAGCAAGGACAUAGCCGAGCGGAAGUUGGAGGUUUGGAGAUUUGUGGCGAUGCAGAUGGUAUAUGGAUACUGGCGGUUAGCUAGCUCAUGCCUCUCAAUUGAAAGCCUUUUAUACAAUCUUCCUCUAUCAGUCAUGAUGCUGAAUAUGCACCGGCAUAUAUCUCCAGCGAAUUCCUCAUCACGCUGGGAUCAGAGUCUCUCGCUAGAAGAGUAGAGUGAAACGAACUUUUAUUGCCAUUAUUUCGUUACC